AUGUCUUUAAGUGGUGCUGAGUUCAAGGCUGAGCUGCGUGCUGGUAAGCCGAAGUUUGGAGUGUUCCUCAACUCCUCCAACCAUCUUCUUGCUGGACAGUUCAGCCACUCCGGCUACGACUGGCUGCUGAUUGAUACCCAACACGCCCCUGUGGAUGCAUUGACACUCAGUCGAAUGAUCGCCGCCAUUCGCACUGGCCCUGCGAAGAUAAUGGUGCGUGUGGGCAGCACGCAGGACCGGCCCGGCAUUCAAAACGCACUGGACGCCGGUGCCGACGGUGUGCUGAUCCCGUAUGUGAACAACGCCGAGGAGCUGCAGGAGGCGGUCACGUGCUGCUACUACCCAACUGCCGGCACACGCUCUGUGUACUUCCCACAGCAGUGCAUGAACGCAAAGGGCCUGCUGGGAUACGCUGGCGAGGCGAACAAGAAUGUGGUGGUGGCCUUUCAGGUGGAGACGGCUGACUGCAUUAAGAACAUGGAUGCCAUCAUGGCUGUGAAGGGUGUUGAUAUUGCAUUCCUGGGCCAGAACGAUCUUUGCAUGUCCAUGGGUCUGUACGAGAAGUAUGUGUUCCCUGAGAUGUACACAUCCCCUGAACUGAACGAGGCGACGGAGAAACUUAUUGCGGCGGCACGCAAGAAUAACGUGAUUCUGGGUCUGUUCCUGUUUGGUACGGACCGUGUGGGAGAGUUUCUGCAGAAGGGUUUCACGUUUAUCAGCAUUGGCAGUGAACUGCACCAUGCCCUAACACAGGCUGCGACGCACGUGAAGAGCCUUGAGGAGAUUGCCAGUGCUCAGGGUAAACCGUGGAAACACCAGCCAAGCAGCCUCGUGUAA